AACUGUAUACCAUCGAUCUAUCUAUCUAUCUAUCUAUCUAUCUAUCUAUCUCCUAUACUACUCUAUAUCUACUAUAACUCUAUAAUAACAUCAAUCAAUCAUAUCCACAACACAAAGCAGAAUUAGAAGAUAUGCCCGACUUCGAAACAAAAAGACCUCCUUCCUCCCUCCUCAUUCCUAAGAAACGUCCCCUCAAAACAAAGUCAUCAUCAUUAUUAUCCAAAACCUAUUCUACAGAGAAACACACACCAAGUCUAUAUUUCACAUCAACAUCCACAGAACAAGAUCCCAAAAACAGAACAGUGAAUAAGGAUAGAGGAGCGAGUGCUGCAACAACAACAGAGUUUAAUUUCUCGCUUCCGCCGCAGCCAUUUCUUGAUCCGGGGUGUUGGGAGAGGAUUCGCGCAUCUUCUUCUUCGAGAUUAGGUGGUGAGGGUGGAAGUGGAAGUGGAAGUGGGGGUAGGAAUGGCUUGCAGUUGAAUGAGAAGGAGAAAGAGGAAGAGAGGAGACGGAGGAGAGCGAGGGAGGCGGAGUAUGGGGGGAUGGCGGUUAGGGGGAGGAUCAGAUAGUCUCUAUUUAUUUAUUUCUAGUCUGUUCAUUUUCCUAUCGGGUAUGGAGUUGUGGGUAUUUAUUACAGUGAGGAUAGUUGUAAUGUAUGUUUUAUCAUUUUGAGCGAACUUGGUUGGCAUCAUAUCGUGUAUAUUGUUGCAUAAAUCAUCAGAGUAAGUAUGGUAUGGUAUCUUCAUCAUCGUGGAAUGGACUGGGACCAUCAAGUAAUGUUGAAUCAUGAGUAGAAAACAAUUCCAAAACACAGAACAAUACAAAAUGCAUGCAAAACACUAAUCCAAAACAUAUGCAAAAAAAAAA